AUGACGACCAUGGAUUUGCGUGUCGGUAAUAAAUACCGCAUCGGACGCAAGAUUGGAAGCGGUAGUUUCGGUGACAUUUACCUGGGCACCAACAUCAUCUCGGGCGAGGAAAUCGCCAUCAAGCUCGAGAGCGUCAAAGCUAAACACCCUCAGCUGGAAUACGAAGCCCGUGUCUACAAGUCACUGGCCGGCGGUGUGGGUAUCCCUUUCGUACGCUGGUUCGGUACUGAAUGUGACUACAAUGCCAUGGUUAUCGACCUUCUCGGUCCUAGUUUGGAGGAUCUAUUCAACUUCUGCAACCGCAAGUUCUCUCUGAAGACUGUCUUGCUGCUGGCCGAUCAGCUCAUUUCCCGCAUCGAGUAUAUCCACGCCAAGUCUUUCAUUCACCGUGAUAUCAAGCCCGACAACUUCCUGAUGGGAAUUGGGAAACGGGGCAACCAGGUCAAUGUUAUUGACUUCGGUCUGGCUAAGAAAUACCGUGACCCAAAAACUCACUUUCACAUCCCUUACCGUGAGAACAAGAACUUGACUGGUACUGCCCGUUAUGCCAGUAUCAACACUCACUUGGGUGUUGAGCAGUCUCGCCGUGAUGACAUGGAAUCUCUAGGCUACGUCAUGCUGUACUUCUGCCGUGGCUCUCUCCCCUGGCAGGGUCUCAAGGCUGCCACUAAGAAGCAGAAAUACGACCGUAUCAUGGAGAAGAAGAUGACUACCCCUACUGAGGUUCUUUGCCGCGGAUUUCCCAACGAAUUCGCCAUUUACUUAAACUACACUCGCUCCCUACGAUUUGACGACAAGCCCGACUACUCCUACCUACGGAAGAUUUUCCGCGACCUGUUCGUGCGUGAAUCCUUCCAGUACGACUAUGUCUUUGAUUGGACCGUCUACAAGUACCAGAAGAAUGCCGCCAUGAUUGUAGAUGCAGCAAACCCCAAGAAAGACAAGGAAACUGAGGAACAGCAGCGCCGCGCUGCUCAAGCUGCUCCAGCCAUGGCGGUCCCUGGCCCCAAACCGGGAGCAAUUUCCAGUCAACGCCGCAAGGUCAUUGAACGUGGCACCGUCGACACCCCGGACACCAACCGUGCUGUUGGAGGGAGUGACAGGAUGUGA